AUGAUGAAAAUGCUGCCUUUUUUCCAAAGUGGUCCUAUUGGAAUACGCAAUGGAUCAGAGGGUUGUAUUGGUUCAAACAGGCAGCUUGAAAACCCUUCAACAUCAGUAGCUGCCUGUCCUGAACCUUCUGGAGAUGAGAUCUGGUCCAGAGAUAAGGAGAAGAGUGAGAGGCCAGAGGCAGCCCGCAGGCCUUCAUGUGCAUCUUCCAUCACAAGCAAUGGGAGCUGCAUCUCUGCUGGGGACAGCCCUGAAAAAGGGAAGAAAGGCAUAAAGGGAAUUCUCACAAGUGCACUUAAGAAAAUGAAAAAGAACAAGCCUCCCAGUGUCAAACAAGUCAUGGAUGUCCUUGAAGAGCAAAAGCUUUGCGAUGCUGCUCAGCUUCUGAUAGUCCUGGAGAAGAGCCUGUCUAGCAAAAGUGAGGAGGAGUUAAACACCAGCCAGCAAGACAUCGAGUCCAUCCAUGAAGUUCUGAAGCACAAAGUCUUCAGCAUCCUGAAAGACUCCAUAGAGCUUGUGAAAACAAACCCAGAACUGCUACAGCAGGCAAUAGAGGCACUGAAGGAGCAGGAGAAAGAAGAUCAGAACUACACAUCAGAGAAUCCACAUGACCAAAACCAAUUUAGACCUAGAAAAUGGAAAGAGCUUUGGGUGGCUACCGUAAAGGAGUCAGUAGAGUCUCGAAUGAAAGACAUGAGCCGUACUCCUAGAACUGAGAACCUCUCUACAGUUGGCCAGAACCUCCUACACAUGGGAAAGACAAUGAAAGAAGAUUUGACAGUAGUUGCAAAGUACAUUAAACAGCUUUAUCCUUCCGAGUUUAAUGUGUUCAGCAUGUAUGCUGAACUUUACCACAAUUAUUUUGCCUCUCAGGCAAAGAAAAAUGCUGAGUCUUGUCUGGAAGACAAGGAUAUUUACCUUCUCCUCUCAUGGGUGCACAACAUUUAUCCAAAAGAUAUGAGAAAAGAUCAUGUUUUAGCUGAGGAGCUGGAAAAAGUUAAGCUUGGAAGCCUUUUGCCAUCAAGUCUGAGCAAAGACCUUGAAAAGAAAUACCUUGACAGUGAAGAGGCUACUAUCAAAAAUUCACUGACCAAAUGUUUAGAUAAAGAAAUCCAAAGAUGGAAAGAAGACCAAGAACCAGAGAAACUAAAUGGCCAUUUUCAGAGUGAACUACUAGCAAUAUUUGUCAUCCAGAGUAUCUACAGUGGCCAGACACGAGCUAAGGACAUCAGUGCUUCAGUGGGUGAGGAGUUAUCACGUCGGCUGUGGAAGGAGUUGCCUGCCUUCCUGAAAAGCUACAAGGAUGCUUUUGAAGACUUUAAGGAGAAGAGCAAAAAGCACAGAUACUACAAGCCUACACUGAUUGCAAAUAUUAACAACUGCUGGAAUUUUAGAGACUAUGCAGAGAAAAACAUGUCAGAAAAGGACAACAAUAAAGCCACUAUCCUCAGCACUCUAGGUGACAUUGAAAACAGUGUCUUUGAUGUGCUACUUCAACAGCUGUUUGUCCAGCUGAAGCCAAUUUAUAAGAAGUUUACAGAAAAUAAGUGGGACUCCAGCAAUGAAGUUAUGAAUGAGAUCAUUAAAACCACCAGCAAACAUAUUUCUGACUUCCGGACCUUAAAGGACCCUUUCUAUCAUGCUAUCAUUGAGAAGAUCCAUGCUCGGUUGGUUAAAGAGUACAUUGUGAGGCUGCUGAAGAGGAAGGUCAGCCUGAAAACUCCAGCACAGCAGCAAACCCUGGCUAAACACAUCUCCAAGAAUGCUGCUGACCUGGAAGCCUUCUGUACCAGCAACGGAUCUAAAGCCAUGUGGCUGAAUGCAGCACUCCCCAAACUGGCUGAAAUAAUCCGACUUCAGGAUUUAGGUGCUAUUAAAAUUGAAGUUGCAACGCUCGCCACAAUAUACCCAGAUAUCCGCAAAAGGCACCUCGAAGCAUUCCUGCAUAUCAAAGCCAAUUUGUCACGCAGUGAACUGAAAAGCAUCCUGGGCUACCUGGCAGACAGCACAGCAUCUGCACUGCCUGAGGCCCCACUCUUCUCCAGCAUACACAUGUCCUAG